GGUUUAGUCACCGCGUCCAGUCGUGUGUACAAGCUCUGUGUUCAGAAGCAUUUAUGUAAUUGAUCGCAGUGUCGUCAGCUUUCGAUAAGCUGUAUCAGGCAUCACUAAUACCAACUGGUUGAUAUUAAGAUUUUAUGAAGUUUGUGUCACAGUUCUACAGAGGAAGAAUUGACCUGAAUUUAGAAUCGGUAAAACCGCCCAAGAUGGCUGCCCGACGGGAAUUCGGACGUUGGUUAUUGUACGAGCGUGUUCUGGAUUUCAAAAUGGUUGCAUACGAGUGACGCAAUCAUUGUCGCUUGGUUAUGAUUUUAACAUUGAAACUUUGCUUAAUCGUAUUGUGUAGCGUAGUGUUGUGAAUUUAUCGUAAUUUUCUGUAAAAUUGAGGGUAUUAAAUGUGGUUACGGCAGCUUCAGCUCGGCUGAGGGGAACGGUCUAGGGGGUGCGGGCAUGCCCAAGUAUGCUGACGCUCCUUGGGCAGUGGGACGGGGAGAUCCACGGUACUUUCUGCGUUGUUAUGCGGUGUUGUGUAGUAAAGAUGCUUGCUUGUUGCUUUCGUUAAGAUUUAGUGAAAGAAGAACAGGACGAGGCGAAAGGCGGGACUUCGUUGCCAUGCGUUCCCGCCCGGAGCCUGUCACAUAAUGAGGGAAAAAGAUGUGAACGUGUAUAGUGCAGUGAUGUUUUUGAACGGUGGCUAGGAAAAGUGGACAGACCAGUGACAUAAUUUUGGUAUUGUUUACAGCGAAUAAAAAUAAGUCGUGAUCAUGAAAGAUCAAGAACCGGUGAGUAGUGCUACAUGGACGACGUGGAUCUUGGAAGCUAUUCGCAAGAUCCGGACUCAGAAGCAAAGACCGUCAGUGGAAAGGAUUUGCAAUGCGAUCCGUCAGCAUCAGAAUUUUAGUAGUGAUGUGAUUGCAGAUAAUUUAGAGAAUGCUGUCAAAGCGGGUAGUGUGCUUAAAGUAUUCAAUAAGGGCCAAAGUUCGUAUAAAGAUCCCGGUGGGCUCCAAAGCCGGCAGUUGAACGUUUCCAAGGGGACUGAUUUGUCGAAAGUGAUCUCGAAAGUAGUGCGUGAACUAGGCAGAAGAGGUGGAUCAAACUUGAAAACUAUCGAGAAAUACAUCCGGCAAUCUCAUGCUGUGAAUCUCGCGUCCAGUGAUGUUGAUUUUAGAUCGUUACUGAGGAUUUCUGCGAAACGCGCCGUUGCUCGCGGACUCGUGAGACAAGAAGGGCGCUUCUUCAAGCCUGUGUCUCGGCCAACAUCUGCUAGUGCGAUUUCUAGUGGCGAAAAAUCCCAGAAACAACGGCAAUCGGUUUCUCCAAACAAACAUCGGCGGCAGUCGGAUAGCCAUGCCCAAACUUCGGACACACCUAAGCAGUCAGCACCGUUGCCGAUCUGUGGGGAGUGCCUGGGCACCGCGGCCAAGAACCGUCUGGGUCGUGCUGAACCACUCAGCUCGUGCUCACAGUGUGGAAGCUCCGUGCAUCUCUCAUGUGUGGGUGGUGGUCGAGGAGUAGAACUUGCCGCCCUCUUAGCCAAAGGAGGUCGUUGGUUCUGUGAGGAGUGUCGCACUUGCGCAGGCUGCAAUGAGACUGCAGACCAGGCCUGCUUGCUCUGUUGCUGUGACUGUGAUCGGGGGUACCACAUGGGCUGCCUGGAGCCCCCUGCUGAACGACGCCCCAAAGCCCCUUGGCGCUGCAAACACUGCUUGGCGCAUCACACUACAAAGAAGGCCAGGAACUUGGAUGCUGCUGGAACAGUGAAGAAAAAGUACUCAAAAGUAUGGGAGAGGAGCAGGGAUGCGAGAAGUUCCAAGUUAUUGACUGCUGCACGGCCAUCGAAGGAGUCCAGUGGUGGAUCUGCUUCUCCGGGCAAGAAAGUGAAGAGAACCAGCUCUUCCACAGCUACUCCUGCGGCUGUUCCUCAUGACAGCAGUUCAGGCUCUGAGGAGGAUGUGGGGCAGGCAUCUCGAAUGCUGCCUCCUGGUGUUAAUCAGAGGGAUGUGGAUCUGUUCAAAGAAACCCGGGAACGAGCUAAUUCAACAACUCCUGCAGUAUUACCCAAUACAGAAACACUGCUAGCAUCGGUAGGAGUGGUGUCCCCCACCACUUUAUCAGCUACAGCUCAGCAGCGUUGUCCUGGAGCCAUUGAAUUUGGCCAGUAUGAGGUCCAGACAUGGUACUCAUCACCCUACCCUCAGGAAUAUGCCAGGUUACCAAAGUUGUUCCUGUGUGAAUUUUGCCUGAAAUACACCAAAAGUAAGUCGGUACUUCAGCGACAUCAGGACAAAUGCACAUGGAGACAUCCACCAGCAACAGAGAUCUACCGGUCUGGAGACAUCUCUGUGUUUGAGGUGGAUGGCAAUAUCAACAAGAUAUACUGUCAGAACCUGUGCUUGCUAGCCAAACUUUUUCUCGACCACAAGACGCUUUACUAUGAUGUGGAGCCUUUUCUGUUCUAUGUGCUCACCAAAAAUGAUAGCAAGGGUUGCCAUCUUGUUGGAUAUUUUUCAAAAGAGAAACAUUGCCAGCAGAAGUACAAUGUAUCCUGCAUAAUGACAAUGCCACAAUAUCAGAGGCAGGGCUAUGGAAGGUUCCUGAUUCAUUUCAGCUACUUAUUGUCGAAGGAGGAAGGUCAGCCUGGUACACCAGAGAAACCACUCUCAGAUCUUGGCCGAGUAUCGUACCAUGCUUAUUGGAAAUCUGUGCUGUUGGAAUACUUGCAUGAUCAUCGUAAUGGCCAGUUGUCCAUCGAGGAAAUGAGUCAGUUCACGGGCAUGUAUAGUCAUGAUAUUGCCACCACCCUGCAGCUGUUGGGUAUGAUACGCAGGGUUGGGGGUGGACUAGGUGACACGAAACCUGCUCUCCUGGUGAUCUGUGUGGACUGGAGCAAAGUGGAUGAACACAUGGCAAGAGUGGCCCGCAGCAAGACACGAAUCCAUCUUGACCCAGAGUGCCUCCGAUGGACACCAUUAGUGACCACAGUUCCCAGUCCAUUCCAGGAAGAAGAAAAGGAGGAGGACGAUCCUGAGCUUAAAGAUGAAAAAUCUGAAGAUAUUCCAUUAGCAGCACUGGAGCGUACCCAUGCAUCAGAGAACAGCAUGAAACCUCUAAGGACUGAAAGCAUGGCGAUGGUAGAAAAACCAGCUAAGACUGAACAGCUGUCAGCAAAGGAAGCAAGAAAGGGUCGUAAAAGGAAGAGUCAGGUUCGAUUCAGUCCAAGUCCUACAAGGGAGGAGACUGCUCAUCAUGCAGACGUUGAGGAUAAUGUUGCUGUUAUGGAAACCCCCCCCACAGGAAGGAGAAGAAUGGUAAGACCUUCAAAGAUGCUGGAUAUGGUGAACAAAACUUCUCCAGUCAAAAGUAAAUCUACCCCCGAUCUGCAUCAUGUCAAGAGAGGGGAGGAUAAGUCAAACAAACGGAAACGAAGAGAAUCGUUGGGUAACCAAAGCAGUGAUGGGACUGCAGAAACAGUUGAGGUGCUGAAUGAUAGGAAGAAGUCAAAACCAGAACCUGUUGCAAAGGUUGCUAAAGUGGGAAGUGUCAGACAUCCUUCCACGACCAAAGAGGAGACACUAGCACGGAAUACCAACACAAAGGUUUUGAAACCACUGACUGAGGAUGGUCCUAAAACAAAGUCAAAUCUGAAGCAGCAGGCAGUAAGGGAGAACACACAGAAAGCUAUUGCAACCAGUAAGCACAAUACACGUCAGCAGCAUCAUGAGCCAAGUCUAAGUGAGCCAGAAGUGAAGAGGGGUAAACGACAAGAACCUGAGGAAGGUGCCAUUCGCAGCAGUGGCAGAAGAUCCUCAAGUCGGGAAAUGAGAAGUGCUACCAACAGCAAUGCUGCUGCUAAAGUGUCUAAAGAAGAAAAGGCCAGGAAAGAAACAGAAGCAACAGCCAUCUCCACAGCAACACCUGCAAGUGGUAACAGACUCAGGGAAACAACAUCUCUGAAUUUACGUUCGAAGGACCAAUCCAUUGUUCAGAGAACACGAAGACAGUCACAAAUCUUUACCAGACAAACAGCUCCCUCAAAGAGUGCAACCACGACACCACAAGAAGUGAAGCGGGAACGAUGGUCACAGAGGCGGGAGAAGAAGCUGCGUCUUGAAGAAGCGAAAUUAAACAAGAAAACUGCGGUAACAGAGGCUUUAAAAAAGAAUGUAUCCACGAAUGAAGAGGCAGAGGAUUGCACUGAAGUUCAGAUGCCAGAGCUGAAGCCUGAAGUACAGCUGGAACCACCUGGUGGCAGGGAAAGCAAUCAUGUAGCUGCUCCACCACUCUCUCCUCCUUCUCUUCACCAGCAAGCUCCAGUUCAUCAAGGUCCUGCAAGUGGGAAGUCUAAUAUUCCACCAGGGGACAAGAAAGCAGAGAGACCAGUCAAAAGAAAGCGUGGAUGGGUUAAAGGUCGUCCCAGGACCAAGUUUGGACCAACACCAAAGAUGGAUGACAAGAAGGAGAAGGGAAGCCAUGGGAAGAAGGAUGAUGAGCAUCCUGAUGCACCCAUGUCAGUUGCAACUACUGAAAAGGAGAAUGAAAAGACUGAAGCUGAAACAUGCAGCCGAGAUAAAGCGGAAUCUCCCUGUGAUCCUGAGGUGAAUGUUCCUAUGAACAGUGUAGCAGUUUCUGUUCAAGAAUUCCAGGACAAAACUGAAGAGAAGGAGGAGGAAGCAGAGCAGGAAGUGAAAUCAAAUGUAUUGACCCAGAAUGAGGAGGAGGAGGAGGAGGAGGAGGAAGAAGAAGAAGAAGCAGAAGAAGAAGAGGAGGAGGAGGAGAAAAAGAAGAAGAAAAAUAAGAAGGAAGGAGAGGAAGAGAAGAAGGAUGGGGAGGAGAAAGAGAAGUCAUCUGAACCUGAGGGCAACAAAUCAGAGAGUGCCCCAGCUCCAGAAGUUAAGUCCUCUAGUCCAGAACCAGACCAGCCUGAAGGGAAGAAGACAGAAGCCAUGGAGGUAUGCAGUGAUGUUGAUGGAAAUGAAGGAGAGCAGGAGAAUGAUGGAAAAACGUUGGAUACAAGAGUAGAGGAGAAAGUGGAUGAUAUCAGUGAGGUGCAGGCUACAAAGGAACAGAAGGAUACAGCAGAAGGACCUGCCAGUGUGGAGGAAGUCACAGCUCCAGACACAAGGACAGCCAGCUCAGAAUUAACAGAGGUAGUUGGAGACACUGAAGAGGAAAAUAAUGAUGCUUUGAGGAAAGAUAAAGGUAAAAUGGCAACCGAAUCCCCAAAGAUCACAGCACCAACAGAAGUUGACCUCACUCAGAGUGGGGAGGAUCAGGCAGAAGACAAUGAAGGUGAGAGGCUGAAGGAUAAGUCAACUGAGAUGGACACUGACAGUUCUGAGAUGACAGGCAAUGAUAGGGAAGAAGAGUUACGGAAUGCAGUGUUGUACAUCUCUUCUCCAGGACCAGAUGACAGUACUUUGACCCCUCUGAGACCAACUGCUGAUGACCAGCCUUGUAUCCAGGAGGACUCGAAGCAUGAGGAACCAUGUAGAGAUGACUCAGAAUCCAGAGAAACUGAAGAGAAAGAGAAAGAAGUUGCAUCACCACCUGCGAUAGUCAUAUUAGAGGAACGGGAACAUAACUUGAGAAAUUCUAUGUCCACACAGACACGUAGAAAUUCAGUAAGUGGGAUCAUGGAUGAUAGUGAUGGAUCAAAUUGUGGUGCGCCAGAAACAACUCUGUCAUCUGUAUCAGUGUCGUCAGCACAGGAAAUCUGCACCAAGCAACAUGGACAGCCUAGUUCUAUGAGUUCAAAUGAUGACAAGCAGUCUGCUUCACAUCAUACUUCUUGUGAGGUGGUGGAGGUGCCCAGUGGCAACACAACACCUAGGUUGGACAACAGCGUGGAAACAAUACAGCCUGCUACUCCCAUCAACCCAGGGUCAGUAAAACAUACACCUCCUACUCCAUCGCAGACAGAAAUCCCUAGUAUGGGUGUUUAUACACCAGAUUCUACUACAAAUUCAGUUCAUUCCCUCCAUGGAUAUGGGCAGUGUGACCUGGAUGUGAGUCAUCUCGGACUUGAAUCCCCUACAUCUAUAUCCUCAAAUGACAUGGCAUCACAGAAUUCAGUGGAGCCUCCAAGACCACCAUCCGUUCUGCCCCCACAGACUUCAUCCACCCAUACAACUCAGACUCAAUGCCAGCAGACGUACUCUGAUUGUGCUCAGCAAGGAAUUCAAUCUCUUCAUCAGCACCAUCACCACCAGAACAUCCCAUCCUCAACAGCACCACAUGUGCACAUGUCUAUUUCACACCAGCAAACACCACAUUCAGUUCCACAGCAGCAGCAGCAGCAACAACAGCAGCAGCAGCCACAGCAUCAGUCUUCAACGAAGUCUCCACGUCAGAUGCAACAUCAUCGCAGUAAGUCUACCCCUACACAGCACAAACAGCAUUCUAAUCCCAUGCAACAGCAUCGGUCAACCCCUCCUUCAAUUCAGCACCAACACACACCAAUCCAGCAGCAACCACCACAGCAAAGGCAAAGAUCAACUCCACCAGCCAUCAGCCAACACCAGCAGCAUGGCUCUGUUCAGCAUUCAUCAACAUCCAUGCAGCAGCAUACUCAAGCCCACCAGCAGCACUCGCUGCAGCAGCAGCAGCAACAGCAACAACAGCAGCAUCACCAGCAGUCAAGUACGGGCACCCAGCAGCAGCAGCUGCAGGUGCACUUGCAGCACCAAGUGGCCAUGGCACAUUCUCAUCAGGCAGCAGUGGGGGCAGGGUACCCACACCAUCCGCACCACCAGCUGGCUCCUUCCCCCAUGCAACAUCACCCCCACCACGCAGCACAUGCUCAUGCUCAUAAUAUGGCGGCUGUUAUCUCACAAGGCAACUACAUUGGUGUCCCUCAGAUGGCAGUGUCAUCUCAGGCUUUUUCAGCACAGCCCGGCAGUGGAGGGACAUACGUGAGUGUGCCCAUGACGACUGUGAUACAGCACAGAAUGGCCACACAACAGGGUGUUGGUGCUCAUCAGAGACUGGGACCUUCCCCAGCAUGUGCAGUAUCGACAGCCACAAAUUUUGCUACUAACUUCUAUAUUCAGACAGCAGCUGCAUCCAUGUCCCAUCCUCACUCACACACACCUGGACCAAUCCCCACACCCACUCCUACACCAACACCUACACCAACACCAACACCUGCACCACAGGUUGCAGUAAGUACAACUGUGCCAGGGACAGCUUCAGGUCAAGCUGGUACAACAGGAGCUCCCUCAUCGUGCAGUCUUGCCAAACUGCAGCAGCUGACCAAUGGACUUGAGAUGAUUCCAUCCACUGCAUGUGGCACCAUGACCCCUCCUCCAUCCAUGAAUUUGACACCACCACCUGCUAUCCCCACUGCACACCAUCCACAUGCUACAAUGACACCACCUCCAUCAGCAGCACACCAGAUGCUCCAGCAACAGGCUACAAGAACACUGUCCACACCACCAACACCUAUUUCUGCAAAUCUUCCAACACAGAUGACUCUUGCCAAUUACCACAAGUAUUAUCAGACUAACGUGAAUGUUAACAACCUUGGUGCGGCCGUAACACCGCCCGUUGCUGGGUCCACAAGUGGACGUUCAUCUCGUGCAGGUGGUGGAGGGAGCGUGGCAACAGUACAGCAGAUGCAGGCUGCAGCAGCGUCGUCACGUGUCAGUCCUAACGUAACCAUUAACCCAAACCUAAUAUCACAGUAUGGGACAUUGAAUGGGUACCGCAUGGCGGCGCAACAGACACCUGCCACAGUGACUGGUUACAUCACCAAUCCAGCAGCAGCGGCAGCUGGAUUCAUCAACCAAGCGGCUCAGAUUCCAGUUCAGAUGGGUGUAAUGAACAUGGCACAGACCCAAUACCAGGACCCUGCAGCCAUUCAGCGGGCAGCACAGCAGAAUACAAUGUACACAACUUAUGGGUAUAUCAAUGGAAGCCUGAUGCAGCCUAUGCGUCGGUAGGCACCACCAGGCAUCCUUGUGCUUGAAGGUUUGCCAGGCAUGCCUGCUGUUUUCACAAAGGUGGACAGAACAUAACAAAAUGUUGAAAAGCAUCCAGAAGGUGUUUUCAUGUGGACAUGUGAACUGUAAGUGAUGAGGGUACGUAUUCCACUGACUACAUAAGGAAAUUUAUUAAAUAUAAUUGUACAUACACAGUGAAGAAACUAGUUGUUAAACCUGUAUUACAGAUGUUAACAGGAUGAGAAACUGAUUUCUUGUCCUGAUAUUUCUUUUGAAGUUUAGAAUAUUGAGUGUGCCUAAAUUAUGUUUGCACUUCAGAAUGUUCUUUACAUUAAGAUCUGAUAGACACUUAAUCACUCGGUAGAGGUACAUUUUUGGUUAUGUACUUUUAAGUGAAUAUUAGAGCUUGGGUAUUCAUUUUGUUCUGCUGGUUCUUUUACUAGCAAAUGUCAGCAAAUUGUCACACACAAGGUAAUAACAGUAUACUAUAGGAAUAUUACAUUUCAGCUUAUAUGUCAGUUUCUUUUAACUGCAUGAGAAAUAUCUAAAAUGUUAUCCCAGCCAGCCAUUAUUUGCAGUCAGCAAGUAUUUGUUUUCAGUAGGUGCUAAGCAUGAACAUUCACGUAUUAAUAUUUGAAUGUCGAAUAAAUUGUUUGAAACAUUCAAAAUUUACUGAUAUAAUAUGUUGGAUGUUCACAUUAUGAAUAUAUGAACACAAGUUACUGCUUAAGUUUAAAAAAAAAAAAAAAAAGAAAAAGAGGAAAAUUUCACUUGGGAAGUAAACCCUUAACACAGACUGGAAUGCCACAGCGUUUGUUAGAUUUUUAAAUGGUUUUAUAUCUCACAAGAAAGACUGUUCUUAAUAUUCAGGACAGGAAUUUGUUAAGACUGUGAUUAGUGAUAAUUUUAUGGCUAAAGACUCUAUCUACUUGUAUAUUUGGGUUUCAUAUUGAGGAUGUUUCUAUUGAAUGUGCAUUUGUGUACAAAAUGAGAUAUGUGGAUUGAAUGAGUGAGUACGUGAGAAAGAAGUCAUGUUCAGAAAAAUGGUUCCCCAUGGUACAAAUUUUUUCUGCGUGUGGGACUUUUUUUAUAUAUGUGAAAAGAUAAUACUGAUUCAUUUUGUUUUUAAGUGUGUAACUUUGUAGGAUGUCGAGAACUACUGCUGUGUUUGAAGUGUUUGGUGGUGCAUUAUGGAGACUGUUACAAUCUGCCAACUGGCAGAGCCAAAUAUCAAAAUGACAGGAUUCGUUGAAUGUUUCUGUUGGGUUUUGUUGAGAUUUAUGGCCCGUGCUUGAGAUAGCUGGGCAGAGAGCAAAUUGGCCUGUCCCUGUUUAGUAUUCAGUGUCUUUCUUGUACAUGUGGAGGAGGCUUCAAGUGAUCCUUCGCUGUAGGGUAGAGCAAAAGCACAGGUAAAUUAGCUUGUUGUGCUAUCUUAUAUUUAUAUGGGUACAAGUGAUAUUAGGUAUACAAAACAAAUAUUUGGCUGUAAGCUAUAUUUAUCUAAGUUUUUGUCUCUAUCUGUGUACAUUUCUUACAAUAAUUAUUUUUAUGAUAAUGAGCAAGUAUGUUAUAAGAAAAGAAUAAAAACCUAACACCCGAUUUUAAUGUACAGAAUAACUUGAACAUGUGGUGACUUAACAGUCAAGGGCAUGUGUUCCAAGACUGUGACUGUGAAAAUAACUCAUUUAGUUGUCCUACCUUAGAACACAUUAUUUGUUAAUUUGUUCUGUAAGUUGCCACGUAAUGGACUAGAAAAGCUGUACAUAUGCUGAAUUAAAAAGCUGUUAAUACUA